AUGGACAUCAAGUUUGAGAAAGAAGCGAACAUUCCAAACGUGAGCAGAAAUGAAAACUUGCAGCAAACAGAGCCUGGAUUAAUAGGGGCAUCUACAAUUCAUGUUGGUAUUCAUGAUAAUGCCAAAUUACAUGGAGUUGAUGAUGCGAGUCCUAAAGUUUGUGAUGAAUCAGAGAGCUUUUCUGAUAUUGAUGAUGUUGAGGUUGACGGGUACCUUCACAAUGAAGAGGAGAAGCAGUACAAGAAGAUUAUUUGGGAGGAAAUGAACAGGGAAUAUCUUGAGGAACAAGCGGCAAAGGAAGCAGCCGCAGCAGCUGCAAAGGAAGCUUGUGAGGCUAAUUUCCAUAACUGCCCGGAAGGCAUGCAAGCUGCACAGGAGCUUGCUGCUGCUGCCGCAGCAGCUGUGGCAAAAUCAAGGAAGGAAAGGCAACAGAGGCGAGCUGCAGAGGCAAGUAAUUCCUCUCCGCCUCAAACUGCGGCUGAAGCCACCCGGCAAAUGUUAACUAAAAAG